UAUACAUGUGGUGAUAACAAUGAUCGUUUUACAUUUGGCUGGUUUAAAUUAUUUUUAAAUCAGAAAAAUGUAGUCACUCCCACCAAAAUGAAAUAUUUUCCUCCGUUCACAUUAGAGUUAACGCUUGCACUGAUUAAACCUCAUGCUGCGAAAGUUCCCUAUGUUGUAAAAGCAAUCGAACGAAAAAUCAUUAAAAAUAAAUUUUACAUAGUGAAACGUUCUCAUUGUGUUAUGCAUCUAGAUCAUGCAAGUAGAAUGUAUGAAGAACAUAAAGGAAAAUCAUUUUAUAAAAGAUUGGUUGAAAUGAUGACUAGUGGCCCAAUAGAGGCCUUUAUUUUAGCCCGUGAAGAUGGUAUUCGUACAUGGAGAGGACUGAUGGGACCAACUCGGGCUUUAGAUGCUCAGUAUACUCAACCUACAUCACUUCGAGGAUUAUAUGGACUUUCAAAUACUCGAAAUGCAACUCAUGGAUCUGAUUCUCCUCAAUCUGUCUUCAAGGAAGCUGGGGUCUUCUUUCCAUAUUUUGAUAUUUGCGAUUGGUAUGAUAAAGAUGAAGAAUAUUUUCGAAAUGGUUAUGUAAGAUUUUGUGAUGAAACAUCAGUUCACGUAAAGGAUGAAAAUGAUGCGCCCAAAGAUUUGAAAGUUAAAUGUGAUUAGAUGGAUUAUAUGAAUUGCAUGCAAUGCUUUCUCCCAUCAUUCAUAAUAAAAAUAAUCCUUACUGUCAUUUUGGAUUGUUUUAUUCUAUUAAGUUCAGUCAUUACAUAACAGGUAGAAUUAGUAUGCUAUUUCAUGAUUACUUUUAGAAAAAAAACAAAUUACUUAGCAUUAACGACCCACAACAUUAAGUUCUCAAAUUAUUCUCUGUGUAAGGUUAACUGUUACUCAUAAUAACUUAUAAAAUACUCUUUUAAUUCUCUCAUCAUCAUUAUGUUAUUGUGUCUCGAUUACACAUUAAUCGAUGGUAUGAUGAUAUCGAUAUUAAAAUCUUUAGUUUGUAAUAACUUAUUUAUUUAUUAAUGUUUUCUGGAAAAAAUAUGAAAUAAGUGACUUUCUGAUCGAAG